AUGCCAACGAACGUCCUCAUAGUAGGCGCCGGCGCGAUUGGCGCCUUCUACGCCUCGCGCCUUGCUCUUGUCCCCAGCCUCUCCGUCUCAGUUAUCUGCCGCAGCAACUACAAGGCUGUCAAAGCAAAUGGCUUCCAAGUUACGUCACCCCAGUACGGCGACUACACCUUCACACCGACCCACACGUUCCCCAACCCGGACGCCGCGCGCAAAGAGAAGAUCCAAUGGGACUACAUCGUCGUCUCGACCAAAGCACUCCCCGAUGUCAGCGAUGAUUCAGAGAUACUAGAAGGACUGGUUGGAAACGAGACCGCCAUCGUGCUGAUCCAGAACGGGCUUGGCGUUGAAGAGCCCUACGCGCGCCGCUUCCCAGGCGCAGCGAUAUGUAGCGCUGUCACAAUCGCAACCUGCGCGCAGCCCUCUCAUGGACAGAUUAAACACAACCGCUGGACACGCAUAAACAGCGGCCCCUACCUGCCACAUCUCGAUACAGGCAAACCCAAACCCACGGACCGCGCCGCCGAAGACAAGAACCGCGCCUUCAUCGCCGCGCUCCUCGAAGGCGGCAUCAAAGACGCAAGCGCCUACACACACGCAAAACUGCAACUAGUCCGCUGGCACAAAAUCGCCAUCAACGCCUCGAUGAACCCGUCUUCGGUUCUCACGCUCGGCUCCACCAACCACGCCAUGAGCAACGAUGCUGAGCUACAACGACACCUGAAAGGCGUGAUGCAGGAGAUUCUCGACACGGCGCCCAAAGUGCUCGGCCAGCCACUACCCGCAGACUUUGCCACGCCCGAUGCCAUUAUCCGAUCCACGCAGCGCAACACCAGCGGCAGCAAGCCCAGCAUGGCCAUGGACUGGGAGCAAGGGAAGCGCAUGGAGAUUGAGGUGAUUCUGGGCAAUCCGAUACGGAUUGCGAGGGAGCGGGGGUUCGAGAUGCCGCGGUUGCAGACGCUGUAUGCGCUGGUGAGGAUGGCGCAGGAGGUGCGGGAGAAGAGCAAGGCGAAGUUGUGA